AUGAUUUGCGAAGAAAAUGAGACGAUCACGGCACGGGAAUUGAAUCAUAUUUUUGAGGCCGAACGCGAACUGGUGCUGAAAACGCAGGAAAAUUAUCGACAAUUGAAAAGGAGAUUUUUCGAAGUAAAAGAGGAAUUGUUGGUGGUGAAAGAAGAAAAUAAUGAGCUAAAAAGUCGACAUGGAAAUAGCGAGAAAUUAGAGAGAAAUUUUGCAGAUUUGGAAAAGAAAAGUAGAGAUUUGAUUGAAAAAUUAGAAGAAGAGGGAAAAGAAAGAGAAAUCAAGAAUGAGAUCUUCAGAACGACGAAAUUGGAAGAGCUGAGGAAAGUAUUUCAAAAGGAAUUAUUGGAAGAAGAAAAACGAUAUGGAAUGAUAAUGGAAGAAAAGAAAAUAUUGAUGGAAAUGAAUGAAAAAUUGGAGGAAAAUUUGUGCAGGCAAAAAUCCGUUACACGACAAAGCGAAUUGGAUGCGAGAGAAAAGGAGAAAAGAUUGAGAGAUCAUUUCGUUGAAGAAACGAAUAAAAUAUUGAAAGAUUUGGAGAGGGAAGGGCCGAUUUCUUCACACGAUUCGCAACUCGUCGAAGGAUAUCGAAAAGAGAUUACGGUACUUGAAGAAAAAUGUCGAGAGUUCGAUGAAAAACUUCGGGAAUCACGCCAGAAAUAUGAAAACUAUUUGGAGAGUUUGAAUCGAGAAAUGAGAGAAGAAAGAAUGGAAAAAGAAAAGAGGGGAAAUGAGUGUAAACGUCUCACCAAUUCACUCCGAAUUCAAAAGGAAAUGAUUCGCUUGAAAGAUGGAGAAAUUGAAAUAUUACAAAAAAAGAUCAACUCGAUUCUCAAGGAGAAAAUGGAGCGAGAGAAUGAGAAUCUACAAAAUGAACAACGCCAUUCGAUAAACUCGGAUCGAUUGGGAGCGGAAUUCGCCGAGAAAUUUUCCCUCCUUGAAGGGGAAUGUCUGAAGAAAAAUAUGACCAUACUCAAUCUCCGAGACGAAAUCACCCAAAACCGUCAAGAAAUCGAAGGCCUAUUGGGAAAAAUUGAGGAAAAGGAUAAAGUUGCGGAGAAGAUGAAAAAAAAUGAGUUCAACUCACAAAAACAAAGACAACAAUUUGAAGCGGAAAUGGAAAAAAUGAGGAAAAAUUGUGAGAACGAAAAGAUUAGACAUGAAAAGAUGGAAGAGACGAUCUUGAUACUGAGAAAUCAGUUCGAAACUUCUCCGGAAACGAUUACUCGUGUGAAAAAGCUCGAAAAGCUAUUGAUUGAGAAGGAGGAUACAAAUAAAGCGCUGCGUCAACACUAUCGGGAUCUGCUCAAACGAAUGAAACAAUCAUUGAUAUCUUUAGAGAAAAAACACUCCCGAGCUCAACAAAAACUUGCCAAUCAUAUUCUAUUG